AUGGAAGACGAGCACGGAGCAGCAGCAGAGUCGCAUGCCGGAUCCAGAGACGCGUUGGGCGACGAUUUGACGCCAAACGCAACGGGAAGGCGCAUGAGGGAAGACAUAAAAGAGACCGCGGCACCGCAGUUUGAUAGCCACAGGCUUGAAGUGCGAUCCAGGCGUCUCCACGUGAAGACCCCCACGGGAAGUUUCACGCCGCUCCCAGUUUAUGAGGAUGACAUCGAGCCCGGUGACGGCAUGUCUGUGCUUUCACCGCAGUCGCACAACACCAAGAGCAUGGCCAUACACCCUUCAAAGGUCGUCGACACCCCCUCCACCGACACUGCGCCAACGCAGAAGUUUUUUCCAGAAGAGUUGUGGUCCCUCAAGGGUCAACAAACCAAGGUGAAAGACAGCCUAGAGUACGAAGCCAUGGAGAUGGCUAGUGACAACUCUUCAUCGAGCGUCGAGAGCCCAGCAACAGGCAGUUCAUCGACCAAGCGCACACCAGUCAGCCCAGAGGGCGUGUUACUUCAUCCUAUCAGCAUCCAGAAUCUCCCCGCUCCCAAGACGGAUGAAGCACUGUUCCUCCCCGCCGACGCUGAACGCACGUGGUAUACCGGCUUCGUAAAGCCCUGGAACAACUUCCAUAAAGAAGCAUAUACAUACUGGAGGUCCGCACACCUUCGGGAUGCCCUAGAUGAGGUUAGAAACUAUCGUUUCACCCCGCCUGUUGCAGGUACGAUAGACGCGGGCUCAGUUGCUGGCCCAAAUAUUCUGCACACGCAGUUCAGCCGCGAGACACUUCAGGGUAUCCAGAAGGUAUACACACUACUCAUGAGCACGCAAACCAUGCGGCAAAACAAGCAACCGAAUAAGAUCUGGCUGGGCGAUCCGGAGGAUGAGGACCUCAAUAACGCUGAGAGCGUCUGGAAGCCGAGUUACGUCGUCAAAGCGAGCCGUAAUGCUGACGAUGAGACGACGAGGAUACUGGGCCAGGUGGAGUAUUUGGGUGGUAGACUGGGCGCCUUGACAUGGGCAAUCAGCCAGCAAUACAUGAACAGUUGGGGUAGCUUGCGAUGCGUUCUUGGAGACAUCGCGCAAUAUAUGCUCAAAUCGUCGACCAAGCACGCUUUUCUUGUCUCGGCGGACGAGGUUAUGUUUCUCAAAUUUGAGCUCAUUCAGAAGGUGCACUACGAUGUACCCAAUGGCGAGGAGCCCAAGAACCUAUUCAUCGAGCCGUGGCUUCACUAUUCACCUCCAGUCAAGUUUGGCGACCUGAUCCACGAGGCCAAGGGCACCAUCUCGGUCAAGGUGGCGCUGAUGUACCUGCUUCAUUGCAGCAUGCAGGAGGAUUACGCAUUGCCGAUGGAGAUGGGCAAUGCGGCCAAGUAUAAGGCGAAGACGAAAGCUGGAGCGAAGUGGGUGCAGAAACUGAGAUGGAAGAUUGGAGAGCGACUUGGGAAGUACUAG